AAGUCGGCGCAGUGGUUGGCUAGCUAUAAAAGCCACCGCCUGCGAAGAUCACCCAACCAGUGUGGAUUAUUCAAGCCCAGAAACCAGCAAGAUGUUCAAGCUAUCGCUCUGCCUGUUCGCCGCUUUGAUGCUGGCCAAUGUCCAUGCGGAUAACAUCAACAAGGAUGCCCUGAUCACACGCGCAGAUAUCAAUCCUUCCGAUGCCGAGGGAAACUACAACUAUGCCUUUGAGACCAGCAAUGGCAUCCAGGCCCAGGAGGCCGGCAAUGCCAAUGGUGUCACCGGAUCUAAUAGCUACAUCGCCCCCGAUGGCACUCCAAUCUCGCUGAGCUACGUCGCCGAUGAGAACGGCUUCCAGCCCCAGGGCGCCCACCUUCCCACCCCUCCCCCAAUCCCAGAGGCCAUCCUCCGCGCCCUGGAAUACAUCGCCGCUCACCCCCAGAAAAUUUAAGUCCGGAUUUGAAUUCCACAUCCAUUUAAGGCCUAGUCAGUGCUCUCGCGGCUAAAAAUGAGUUAUAACUAGUUCUAACAAGUCUGUACAUAAGUCCACAAAAAUAUGUUGAAAAUCCCAUAAAAUAUACCACAGUCAUUUGAACAAA